AUGAAGGUGGGAGAACUGGCUAGCGUGUUUCUGUUCACCGCCCGCGUAAGCUGUGGGACCCGAGGUGGAGAAAAGCCCUUUGAGUGUAACGUAUGCGGGAAAGCAUUUACACGCUCCUCCUACCUUCUUGGUCACAUACGAACUCACACUGGGGAGAAACCCUAUGAAUGUAGAGUACGUCGGAAAGCCUUCAGUGGAUGCUUGUGGCUCACUAUUCACUUACAAAAACAUACUGGGGAGAAGCCCUAUGCAUGUACAUUAUGUGAAAAAGCCUUCACCAGCCUUGCUCAACUUACUGAGCACACAAAAACUCAUACUGGUGAGAAGCCCUUUCAGUGUAAGGUAUGUGCAAGAAUCUUUAGAAAUUCCUCAUGCCUUAAGACUCACUUUCCAAUUCACCCUGGAAUAAAACCCUAUAAAUGUAACUUCUGUGGGAAGGACUUCACUGCUCGAUCAGGCCUUGCUAAGCAUGUACUCAUUCACAGUGGUGAGAAACCCUACGACUAUAAGGAGUGUGGGAAAGCAUUUAGUAUGUCCUCAGUGCUUGUUGAACAUAGAAGAAUUCAUACAGGGGAGAAGCCCUUUGAAUGUUACAAAUGUGGUAAAGCCUUGGCUUAUUCCUCAUCUCUUGUUGCACAUUUGCGAUCUCACACUGGAGAGAAGCCCUUCCAGUGUAACCUGUGUGAGAAAGCAUUUUCCCGAUCCUCCUACCUUCGCAUUCACAUGAGAACUCACACUGGUGAGAAACCCUGUGAACGUACAGAAUGUGGGAAACCCUUCCCUGAGCGCUCAUCCCUUACUAAGCACGUAAGGACACAUACUGGGGAAAGGGCAUAUGAAUGUAAGGAGUGUGGGAAAGGUUUCACUAGCUUUGCUCAACUUACAGUACACAUAAAAACUCACAGUAGUGAGAGGCCCUUCAAAUGUAAGCUAUGCCCAAAGUCUUUCAGAAAUUCUUCAUCCCUUGAGACCCACUUUUGAAUUCACACUGGCAAACCUUAUAAAUGUACUUACUGUGGGAAAGACUUCCCUGCACGCUCAGGCCUUACUAUACAUUUACAAAAUCACACUGGUGGGAAGUUCUAUGCGUGCCAGGAAUGUGGGAAAGCCUUCACUACUUCCUCAGGCCUUAUUGCACAUGUACGAAGUCACAAGGGUGAGAAACCUUUUGAAUGUGACCACUGUGGGAAAGCCUUUGUGUCUUCCUCAUAUCUUCAUGUACAUCUGAAGAUUCACACUGGAGAGAAACCUUUUCAGAGCACAGUGUGUGGAAAGACAUUUACCUGUUCUUCUUACCUUCCCAUUCACAUGCGAACACAUACUGGGGAGAAGCCCUUUCAGAGUAUGAUAUGUGGGAAAUCAUUUUUGUGGUCCUCUUACCUUAGUGUUCACAUGGGAAUUCACACUGGAGAGAAGCCCUAUGUAUGUAAGUACUGUGGAAAAGCCUUUACUGAGCACUCAGGCCUUAAUAAACAUUUACAAAAGCACACCGGAAAGGCACCAUAUGAAUACAAGGAAUGUGAGGAAAACUUAAAUAGCCCCGAUGCUAACAUAAGUCCUUCUGGCAUUAAUGAACAUGAAAACUCUGGAGAGAAAUACUUUAAGUGCAUGAAUAUCGAGCACCACCACAGCAUCUGUACCAACGAGGCCCUGCAUUAA